AUGUCGUUGUUAAAAUAUACUUGGCUUUAUUAUUCCCAGAUCAUAUGGAGAUGGUGGAAGAUCUCUCUGAGAGCUGUGGACAGAUUCUCCAAACCUGGGGAGCUGAAAGAGUCUCACCAGGACUUCUUGGACAACACAUGGCUGCAGAGUGAGGUCAGUGUGGUUUUUGGUCCUGGAAUCUUGGUGUACACCAAGGCUCUGUGCCAAGGCCAUUAUGAUUAUCUGGAUCAUCUGUCUGAAUCCUUACUUCUGAGGAUAAUAAACUAUCUUGAACUAGAGGAUGUGGAGCAGCUUCGACGAACGUCACAUCGGUUCAAGCAGUUAUGUGGGUCAGAGAUGUUUUGGGAGCAGGCAGUGCGCAGAUGCUGCAACACAGUUUCAGAUGAAGUGGUUUCCCUGGCUCUUGAGAUGGGAUGGCGAAGCAUCUUCUUCACCAGCAAGCUACAGCUGCAGAAGCUGAUCAGCCGCAGGAGGCUUCUGACUGACAAGCAACAAGAAGGACAGGUAUCUGACCGAGAGACAGACGUAGACAGGUCUCGUGACGAGAGUUCCGAGCAAACCCAAGCGUCUGACUCUGAGGAGGAAUUUCACCAUGCUGGCAUUAUCCCUGAUAUGAGCCAUAGCACCGGCACUGGAACUGGCUUUGACACCAACUCUUGCUCUGAUAUUGAUCCUGGCUCUAGCUCUGAAGCUGAGGCCUCCUCUGAUUCCAGUGAGUCUGUGCCAGAAAAGCUCUUGGAUGACAUAAAACGUCAGUGCAGCACAAAGCAUUGGUAGAGGAGACUGCAGCAUAGACACAAACAAAAGACAUUGAGUUAAAGGUUUACUGUAAAUGAUUUAGUGACAUCUAGUGCUGAAGUUGCAUAUUACUACCAGUUGAAUCUCCCCCAAUUUCAUUCAGACUAAUGUGUUUACUUUAAGAAAAUUGGAAUAUCGCCUGAAUUAUUAUUUUAACAUGUAUGUAAAUUACCUUUAGUGAUAUUCUUAGUUGAUUAUACUCAGAUAAAAACAAUAUCAUGAACAUUCCACUCCAUUCUACAUGUUCUGAUUAAUCCCCAUAAAUCCUCACACUCAACCUUUGAGCCUCUUAUAAAAUGUUGAAUACUGUAUUUCAAACUCAUAUUGAUAUGCCAUUUAUUCAAAUUUGUUAUGAAAUAAUAUUAUCUUUUACGUAUGAUUUAAAAAAAAUGUAUUUAGUAUCUUCUCUUAGAUAUUUGAGGAAAAUGUAAUUUGUAUGUCGACUGUGCCACGACUCUCCUAAACUUGAACAUUAUUAAGACCAACAAAAUACAAGUUACUAUCUAGAAUACUGUAAGUUAUACAUUUAGAAAUAAAUUUAAUAUACACGGUUAUACUCUCUGUAUCUUCUAAAGUGUAAAAUCAUUCAUCAGUUUGGGUAAAACAGUUUUUUAGUGUUUAUGCCAGAAAAGGUCAUAAAUAGCUAACAAAUACAAGUACACACACAUACACAUAUACAUGCACAAACAGUCCUCUAGGGGGCACUAGCUGCUAGAGUUGAUGGUGUAGCCUGUGCUCAGGUCAGCUCAUACUUCCAUUAUCACUGUUAUCCAUAUUCUGUUGGACUAUCCGACAUGUUGAUGGACAUGUUUAAGUGGAAGGUUGUAAAGAUAGUGCUCUAACUGCUGGUACAUUUAAGACAAAGAAGCUGGACUCUGACAUAAAGAUCACUGAUUGAAUGGGUGUGAAUGGCACAACUGUAGUGUAAUGCAGCUUUGAGUAAGUCUAGAAUAUAAAUGUGUUUGUAUAUAAAUACAAACAAACCGUUCACCAUAUAAAAUGCUAAACUAUUUUAUUACAAAGUAAUUAUACUCGUGUAUGGGUAGUAUUUUAAUUUGACAAAUAAAUACUCAUAAGUGAGUGGGAGAUUUAUUUAGUAUUUGAUCCCGUAUUCCUGCCUUCCAUUUGCUGUAUAUGAACAUGCAAGUGUACUUCAAAGUACAUGUGUUGCAUUUGUGUCAGUAGUCCACCAGACUGUUUUGUUCUAUGCACUUUAUUUGUAAGCACUCACCAAAAAAAAAAAGAAUGUCUGUUGCUUCGCUAACUUUACCCAUUGCUCUUCUGGGAAUGUAUUCCACCUACUGCAUCUUUUUGUCCAAAGCCUGAGGGAAACCUUAAGAGGAUAUAGUCAGACCACGUAAAGGCCAUGUAGUGGGGAAUAGGAUGAGAAUGCUUUGUUGAUCUUAACCUUUACUCUCUCCUCAGGCUGGGCUAAUCCUUGCAAGGUUACAUGACUAGGCCAAACAUCGAAAUCAUUCACUACAAUAAUAGAAGAAGAGUAACAGCAAGAACUAAAUGGCUGUGGCUCAGCUGUAGAGUAAAUGGGAAACCCAGAGGUAUGUUUGCACUCUGCCUUCCCUGACCUGGUAACAGAUAAAGUCCAUGGCCUCAUUUUAUGCAGCUAGGAGUCUUAAGUGAUUUACUGAUACCAUGAGCCAUUUACAAUGUGUUUGACAUUUGACUGUUAGUUUUAACCAAUGGAUCGACUAUUCUUUGAUUAAAAAAAACUUGCAGUUAC